UAGGAGUGGUAGUGCUGCUGAUGCUGCUCAGUUCUUGUAUCCGAGGACGUGCAGACUUGGAGAAAAAGCAGGAGAGAGGGGGACCAGCAUUACGGACAUUAUUAAAGAGAGGGGUUGAAAGAACAGAUUAAUCCUCCUUGCUACGUGAAGAAAGAAAAUGAACAGCAUGACCCUGGCAGCCUACCGAAACAAACUGAAGGAGCUCCCUCUAGUGUCACUCUUCUGCUCCUGCAUCAAGUCGGACAUUACAGAGAAGCAGACCUAUAAAGCUGAAGAUGCAGUGGACCUGAACUGGUGUGAGAUCAAGGACGUGGAAGUGAUCGAGCUGAACAAGCGUGCAUCAGGCCAGGCGUUUGAAGUGAUCCUGAAGCCACCUUCAUUCGACGGUGUGCCUGAGCUGAACGCCUCCAUGCCACACCGCAAAGACCCCUCACUGGAGGAGAUCCAGAAGAAGCUGGAGGCUGCUGAGGAGAGACGGAAGUUCCAGGAGGCAGAGCUGCUGAAGCACCUGGCUGAGAAGAGAGAGCACGAGAGGGAGGUGAUCCAGAAGGCCUUCGAGGAGAACAACAACUUCAUCAAGAACGCAAAGGAGAAGCUGGAACAGAAGAUGGAGACCAACAAAGAGAACCGCGAGGCCUUGCUGGCCGCCAUGCUGGAGAGGCUUCAGGAAAAGGACAAACACGCAGAAGAAGUGAGGAAGAAUAAAGAGCUGAAGGAGGAAGCAUGCCGAUAAAGUGCUGGAGGAAAAAAAAGUGGACUGUGGGAUGGUUAAAAAAAUAGGAUGAGAGGGGGAUGAAUAAAAGAAGACAUUAUUUCUCAUUAUAGUAACGGAGGCGAGUAGUGGACAUUGCUAAUGGCAAUGAAAAACACAAGCAAAUCUUUGUUUUGUUUUGCAUUCUUUUGUUCUUUUUUUCCAUAGGAUAUAAAUUGUCAAAAGUGAUAACUUGUUCGGACAACAACACAACAGUAGCUCUAGUGUCAGAGGCAGGAGUCAGAAAACUUUCAGUAAAUCAGUGCUUUGUACAUAGCAAGGUGAUGAUGUAGAAGAAACAAGAAAUCAUUCAUAAAUAAUACAGACACACAGAUCAUGCAGAUUUAAAGAUCAGUACUUUUGGGGACAAGAUAACCGGAUAUUGCACUUCAUAAAUGUCUAUACACGUUUUCUUAAAUGUAUGCCAUCUAGCAAAGCGCAAGCUAUGCAUGUUUACUCACUGAUCAUUUAUUUAAUAUAGAGGCACACGUGAUUUCUCAAUAAAAAUGAAUUUAUAAAGGACUUUAUUCACAUUGCUUUUGUUCUCCAAGCAGUAUUAAAUUCAUGAUUAUGCAUUUUUUCAUGACAGAGAUUCGAUGGCAAUAAAUAUUAUUGUCAGAAAUAUUGGUAGAAAUGUUAGCUUCUUCAGAACUAUCCUGGACUAAAUAGUUAAAGCACAAUUCAGAGGCACAUAUAAGCUCAAAGACUUUUGCUCAAAUGAUAGCUAAGAAGAGAGAGAGAGAGAGAGAGAGAGAGAGAGAGGAGAUUUAAUUUAAGAAACAGUGGAAAACAAAUAAAAUACUUUUAUUUUAAUGAAGUGGCAGUCAGAGAAUUAGCAUUAGCUGUGUAUGAUGUCAUUUCUUAUGGCGUAUCUCUGUGUUGUUUUUUGUCUUUGUCUUGUCAUACCACAUGUUAACAGCAUUUAGGCCAAAAGACAUUAGACAUUAGGUGACUUUACAAAAAUGACAGUAUAUAUGUGUUUUGACGAGCGCCGAUGUUAAUUGUUCAGAAAUUGUUCACGAUGAUGAUUUGGCAUGACGGUCAGUAAAAACAUCUGGUUACUAAACCACUAA